GUUAAAAAAACUUGUUCAUGUGUCCGUGCGAUUGCUUGCUAAUUGCUUGCUAAUUUUUCAUGACUCUGUCCUUGUGUAUGCUCACGCGCAUGUGGACGCGCUCCCCCCUCUCUCUCUCUCUCUCUCUCUCUCGUUGUCAUCCAUUUCUAUUUUUUCCUCCCCCUUCUUUGCUCUUUAUUUGUUGCUAGCACAUUGACAGCCGUGCUAGCGCUCGUUGCUAACAUGCUAAUCAGCACACAUUGGGCCUGUUUAGAUAAUCUCGGUGUGAAAUUGAUGAAAGACGCACAAUUGGGCCUUAAAAACAUGAUCAAUUUUACUUUAGGGUGAUAUUAGUCAUAUGGUAUUGUUUUUUUUAAUGUCUCAUACUUCCUCCUUGUCGUUACUUAACACUUUUGUGGUUAUGCGUCUUUUACUUUUGAUGUGCUGUACAUAACUCUGUGACAAAUGACAGUAAAGUGAAUGUCGGGUUAGAGCUGUAGGAGUGGCAACUCCCGGCCAAUCAAGAUGAAUAGUUGAUCUUUUUUCUUACAUUUUAUUGCAGUUUCAUUCUUAUAUUUCUCAAAAGGUUGCGACUCGGCCAUCAAAUAUGAAAACUGUUUAAACGUUGCACCACAUCAAAAGAGAUUGGGAUUUGAUUUAUUGAAAAGGUUGGAUUUAUACAACCAAAAUAUUUUUGCACAGCUAUAUUCUGGGGAUUGACAUCUCAUUUAGAUUGACUUACAUAUUACAAUAUGCAUUUUUAAUGCCAUACAUCCAUCCAUCCAUUUUCUGUACCGCUUAGUCCCCACUGGGGUCGCGGGCGUGCUGGAGCCUAUCCCAGCCGUCAUCGGGCAGUAGGCGGGGGACACCCUGAACCGGUUGCCAGCCAAUCGCAGUGCACACAGAGACAAACAACCAUUUGCACUCGCACUCAGACCUAGGGACAAUUUGGAGUGCUCAAUCGGCCUACCAAGCAUGUUUUUGGGAUGUGGGAGGAAACCGGAGUGCCCGGAGAAAACCCACGCGGGCCCGGGGAGAACAUGCAAACUCCACACAGGGAGGGCCGGAGGUGGAAUCGAACCCGCACCCUCCUAACUGUGAGGCGGACGUGCUACCCAAGAAUAAUGGAGGAUUCUCAUUUUAACUCCUCCUAUUUCUGGUCCCCCAUUCCCACUAUGUCGGGACAGCUGGAGAAUGCCGUGUUUCUGAACAAAGUGAAAGAGCAGCAGGAAAAGAGCGCCUCCUUCCCGCCGCACUCGGCGCCCCACUAUCAAACGACGUUGCUCGGCAUCCCGACGCCGGGGGGCAAGGCGGCGGAUGGUGGCGGGCAGCCUGGUGGUGCCGCCCAUCUGCACCCUCCGCACAGCAGCCAGAAUAUCACCGUGCUGCCAGUCCCCUCCACGGGGAUCAUGACGGCAGCGGGACUGGUCAUCACAACUACCCAAGGAACCUUGGUGUCUCCCACAUCCUCGCCGUCCUUUGUGUCCGCACACCCUACCACCACCAUGAUCGUCUCCGCCGUUCAUUCUCAGGACAAAAGAGAUGACUGCACGUCUCACGUGGUGGUGGUGCCGGCGCCAUCUAAGCGAGGCCGCAAGAAGAAGAGCAUGGCGGAAUUGGGCAGCAAAACCGUCAUACUGGCUCAGCUCAGCGCCGGCGGACAGGUGACAUCUUUGCAUCAUCACACCCGAGAUCCAUACGAUUUGUCCAACGAGGACGGGGACCCUGGGCUGAAAGACAGCACCAAGACUUACAGGUGCCGGAUGUGCGCAGCGACCUUCUUCAGUAAGUCUGACAUGCAGCUCCACUCCAAGUCGCACACAGAGGCCAAACCUCACAAGUGUCCGCACUGCGCCAAGUCGUUCGCCAACUCCAGCUACCUGGCGCAGCACAUCCGCAUCCACAGCGGGGCCAAGCCUUACACCUGCUCCUACUGCCAGAAAUCGUUCAGGCAGCUCAGUCACUUACAGCAGCACACACGUAACCACACGGAGUCAAAGCCUCACAAGUGUCCACAUUGCACCAAGUCGUUUGCCAACUCCAGCUACCUGGCCCAGCACAUCCGCAUCCACACGGGCGUUAAGCCUUACACAUGCUCCUACUGUGAGAAGUCAUUCAGACAGCUCAGUCACCUUCAGCAGCACAACAGGAUUCAUACUGGAGAUCGGCCAUACAAGUGUACAAAUCCUGGAUGUGAGAAAUCCUUUACGCAGCUCUCCAAUCUACAGUCCCAUCGACGUCAGCACAACAAAGACAAACCUUACAAGUGCCCCAACUGCAACAAAGGCUACGUGGACGCUGCCAGCCUGGAGGUGCACAUGUCCAAACACACGGUCAAGCACGCCCGGAUCUACUCGUGCGGCCUUUGCAACCGCACGUACACCUCAGUAAGACCCAUAUGCAUUUGUGAAGAGAAUUCCCAGUGGUCUCGGUGGCCCCACACGCCUGCCGGCUACGUUACUCCGUGUAGUCAUGUGUCCGCUGUCUCCCCUCUACCUUCACCCCAGGAGACUUAUCUUGUGAAACACAUGGAGAAACACGGCCAAGAGCAGUUGAACGCCUCCGACGGCGUGGCGGCGGCACAGCACAGCCAAGGCCAGGCAGCUCACGCUCAGCCCAGAGCUCGUAGCCGGGCCGAGGGCUCGGAAGGCGUGGAGGGCAGAGCCGGGCGCGGUCAAGGCGGCUAUGGCCAGCCGAACGCCAUUCCCUGUCCUUUUGACCUUCACCAGUACAAGACGGUGUCAACGGGAGACAUCCAGUACAAACCCAUCGGCGUGUCGGACGUUGGUCCCCACAAGGACCUCUGCCUAACCGUGACGUCUUCCGGCAUUCAAGUGGAACACCUCAACUCGUAGAGACGCAGGCGGAUGAAAACGCAUCCAAGGACAUCAAAGCAAUAAUAAAACAAAACGAGAACAUUUGGAACUGUGCCUGCAAAUGUUUUCUUGUUUCUCUGACGGGACAAGCAGUGUGGUUUUUAUUUUGCUGGAGUGUCCUCGUGGAAGAGAAAUGUGAGCCAAUGAAAAGAUUUACAGUCCAUCACAGUGAUGGGUUAAAAAUGAAGCUGGAGGAAAUGAGAGAGUGAGUGCCUGUCUUGUCCUUUUAUCACCUGCUCUUCUGUACAAAUACAGCGGGUGGCUCAUAACCAUGUUAUGCUCUGCAGACUAUUUGGGAUGACUUUUUACAUCAGUGUUAUGAACUUUUACUGCGUGGCAGACUUUGUUAAAGGCACAGAGGUUCUUUACUUUUCAGGAAAGUCAAAAAGAAUUGUAUUUGUAGAUGCAUUGAGUACUACUCUCUAACGUGUCUCGUGUGGAUAAAGAUGUAUAAUGUACACUCCAAUGCAGGCUCUUGCUCGCAUUGUAAUGCCAUCAUUCUGCUCUGUAUGUCCAUCGGUGUGUCUUGCUAUGAAAUAUGCUCAGCAUAAUGUUUGCUAUUCUUGGUGAGGGACGUACUUGCACAUCUGACUUUUUAAGAGGGGAUAUUGAACAAUAAACAAAAUGUGUGGCACCUUUA